AUGAAGAUCCUUGCUGCAACUCUUCUCAUUGCGUUUGCGGUUUUUCCUGAUUCUGUUGAAUCUAGCAAACAACCGGAAAGUAGUUCGGUGCCUGAACGGUCAGCGCCUGCACGGUCAGAGCCUGAACGGUCAGAGCCUGCACGGUCAGAGCAUGAACGCUCAGGGCUAGCACGGUCAGAGCAUGAACGGUCAGGGCCAGCACGGUCAGAGCAUGAACGGUCAGGGUCAGCACGGUCAGAGCCUUCAAGGACAGAGCCUGCACGGUCAGAGUCUGAACGUUUUCACCCUGUGUCUCCAGUACGACGUCGUUACCCUCCGAGAUCUCGUCUUUACUAUGAAAACGAAGAGCACGAUCUUCGUCCACUUCCAGAGCCAGGCUGUCUAUUCGAGCUGGGCAGGUUUUUCGUCGCAUUACUCCUUGGAGAAAGAAUAGUUUAUCCAUUAUAUAAUAGAGAAAAACAAAUUGUCACGGAAGAAACUCUAGAGGAGGAUAAUAGCACUGAAACAGACACUAGACAAUCUAACGGCUACUGCACUAGAGAACAAGUAGAAAGGGCAAUUGAACGCAAUAAAAAUAUGCAGGGACUAAGUUCUGGAAGCCAAGGCAGAUCAAGUGAAAGAGGUGGAAAUGCUGCAAGACGUGAAAACGGUGGAAGGGGUGGAAUGGGUGGAUGGAGUGGAAUGGGUAGACGGGUUGGAACGGGUGGACGAGGUGGAAUGGGUGGAGGAGGAGGAAUGGGCGGACGAGGUGGAUGGGGUGGAAUGGGUGGCCGAGGUGGAAUGGGUGGAGGUGGUUGA